CUCAAGGCGAGAUAAAGGAGCAGCUAAACAGACCGGACCCCUAAAGAGAAAACCUCCUCUGUCAGUUAUCCAGCAUGCGUGCUCUGGGGGUUUUGCCUCUGCUGUUGUGUGCAGCGGUGUGUGUGCUCCAGGUGAGAGCUGAGGUGAAGGCGGUGAAGCUGUGCGGACGAGAGUUCCUGAGGGCCGUCGUUUACACCUGCGGAGGCUCCCGUUGGAGGAGAUUCCUCAGUGACUCAGACAUGGAUGUUCCAGGUUUGCCCACAGGGGAGCAGAGCAGUUUGGAGAGGCUGACCAGAAGCAUCCCGGGCUCCGAGUUCUCCAGACGGGACAUGAACAACGUGCUGACCAGCGUGUGCUGCCAGGUGGGCUGCAGGAAGAGCGACCUCACCUUCCUCUGCUGAGGCCAACCCCCCUCUCCUCUUUCUCUCCAAAGGACUCUGCUCUUUACCAUCUCACCUUAGAAAACCAAUCAAAGUACUGAUGUAUAAACAACAUGAUCACUGUACUGUAUGUACAAUAAUGCUUAUAAUUCUAAUUGCUUAUGAUAUUUUCUCUGAGAUAUUAGAACUUGUAAGGUUUGUUGAUGUGAAUGUGGAGCAAAUCUGUUAACAUGUCUCUGAACCUGAGCUGGAAGAUAUGUGUAACCAUAAAACUAUAUAUUCAUUAAAAUAUAAUUGAAACUACUGUAUGAGAAUUAGGAAACUAUGUUAAGGUUAGUGCACUCAGGGACUAUAUUACUUCCCCCUCAGAGAGGACAGAUAUUAAGUCUGGGUUUGUGUCCCGUAUGUCACCACAGGGUUGCAGGUUUAUAAAAUGUCCAUCUCUGCUUUAAAAUUUAUAUUGUAAGUAAACUUGCACUUUAUUCUAUCAUUUCGCUUUUUGGUCAAAUAAAUGUUA